GGGAAGGGGUUCCUGCUAUUAACGAAACGCGAUGCUGCUCACUUCCUGGAUGUGUUCAGUUCUGUUUGUUUUGUUUAAUAUCAUCCGGGUCUUUUUAUUGAUCUCUAAUUAUAAUGGGAAUCACGAAGUUAUCCGAUUUGAUUCGGGGGGAUGCUCCAGCUUCCAUUAGUCACAAAGAGAUCGGAGAUUACUCUGGGAAAAUCAUUGCACUGGACACCUCGAUUAUUGUGAACCAGUUCCGUUCAGCUGUCCCUAAUCUCAAAUUAAGUUUGUUGGGUGUGUUCUAUCGCACACUGACCUUUCUGGAGCACGACAUCAAGCCAGUAUUUGUGUUUGAUGGAGAUCCUCCUGAGCAGAAAAGAGCCGUGCUGGAGAGAAGAGCACAAAGCGCAGGCUGGAGCAGCACACAACGCCCUCACACAGUGUCCUCCAAAACAAAAGAGUUCCUGCGUCUCCUCCAGCUCCUGGGUGUUCCAUGCGUCCAGGCUCCAGGUGAUGCCGAGGCAUGCUGUGCUCAGUUAGUGAGGAGCGGUGUGGUGGACGCAGUGGCCUCGGAGGACAUGGACACGCUGGCGUUUGGAGGAACGCUUCUCCUUCGCCAACUCAACGCCAAGAGGCAGAGUGAGGUGAUGGAGUUCUCUCUGCCAAAAAUACUGCAAAUCCUACAACUCACACAGGAAGAGUUUGUAGAUCUGUGUAUUUUAUUAGGAUGUGAUUAUUGUGAUAAGAUCGUGGGUUUGGGGCCGAGUCGAGCGCUGAAGCUCAUCCAGCAACACCGCACUAUAGAGAACAUCUUACUCCAUAUCAACGGAAAGACACACCCGGUUCCUGUAUGUUGGCAGUACCAGGCUGCCCGCAGGUUGUUCCUGGAGCCUCCCCGCUCUGAUCCUCCCUGUCUGCAGUGGUGCGAGCCCAACGAGCAGGAGCUGGUUAACUUCCUGUGUCAGGAGAAACACCUCAGUGAGGAGAAGGUGCGAGGGAGGAUGAAGAAGUUCCACAAGAACCUCAUCUACAGGAGGAAAGAGAGAGAGGAGAAGAAUAAAGGAGGGAUACAGACACGUUUGGAUAAAUUCUUUCGUGUAACACGGAAAAGACAGUCUGUAGAAACAGGAGGAUCCACAGUGAUGAAAUCCCUGAAGACUGAGUGAUUGUGUUGGUCUGAAGCCCUGAUGAUGGACAGAAGUGGAGAAUUUCUGUGAUCAUGUUGUUAAUUGAGUUUUGUUCAUUUUGUUGAUGAAGAAUUUAGUCAUGGAAAAGUUUAUUAUUUUAGUAUUUAUUUGUUUUUAUUAUUCAUUUUAAUUUACGGUUCAUGAGUCCAAAGCUGCUGCUCUUACAGCACAAUAUAUCUCCUCUAAUCUCUUUCUGUGUGUGUGUGUGUGUGUGUGUGUGUGUGUGUGUGUGUGUGUGUGUGUGAGUGUCACACACAGACUCAGACACACACUGUUAUAUGAUGCAUAAGAUCAGGGUAUAGAGGUUUUGUACAUUAUGUUGUAAAUAAAUAACUUUUGCCAGACGAACUUCA